AUCAAAAUGAUGAACAUGUGGAAAGUGCGAGAAUUGAUGGAUAAGGCGACGAAUGUGGUUAUGAAUUAUACAGAAACAGAGGCAAAAGUCCGAGAAGCUACCAACGAUGAUGCGUGGGGUCCAACAGGAGCAAUGAUGCAAGAGUUAGCACAGGCGACAUUUACAUACGAGCAAUUUCCGGAGGUGAUGUCCAUGCUUUGGAAGCGAAUGUUACAAGAAAAUAAACGUAAUUGGCGUCGAACGUACAAGGCGCUUCUACUUUUAAAUUAUCUUGUCCGCAAUGGUUCCGAACGUGUCGUAACAUCGUCACGUGAACAUAUUUAUGAUUUAAAGUCGUUCGAAAAUUACACGUAUAUCGAUGAAUUUGGCAAGGAUCAGGGCAUAAACAUCAGGCACAAAGUACGCGAGUUGAUUGAUUUUAUUCAGGAUGAUGAUAAAUUGCGCGAUGAAAGGAAAAAGGCGAAGAAAAAUAAAGACAAGUACGUUGGAAUGUCUAGCGAAGCAAUGGGAAUGCGAUGGACGGAUAAUCCAAAGUGGAAUAAACCUAAUCAGGAUACGUAUAACGAUUGGGACAGGGAAUCAAGAGCUAAGGGUUUCGAAGAUGCAAAUAAUAGCGAUGAUGGUGAAAGAGAAGAUUCCGACAAUGAUGUUCGUUCCAGUCCGAGAAGAGUCGCUCGAAAAGAGUACAAAGACACUAUUGAAAAUAUCGACAGGAUCGGCAAGAUACCGUCUUCUAUUUCCUCUAAUCCUUCGCCGUCGAGGGCGUCGAGACCGAUAAAAAAAGUCGAUUUGGGAGCCGCGGCGAAUUACGGAAAAGACCAAUCAAAUUUAACGCAGGGAAAUUUAAUGACAUCGCCGGUGAAACAACAGAAAAGCACAAAUAAUAUUCUAAACGAAUUGUUUGAAUCGAAUAAUGAAAAUUUGUCUUCGAAUAUUGAAAAUAAUGUUGACGAUGACGACGACGAUUUUAAUCCACGAGCAAAUACAGGCUCAACGAUACCUUCGCAAAAUGUAAAUACCUCUGAUUUUGGUGAUUUCACCAGUGCAUUUGGCAAUUCAACAAAUAAAGUAAAGGACAAUGAUGAAUUUGCCGAUUUCACGUCGGCCUUCAAUUCGGGAAUGACAAUACAAAGUCCAGCUACACAAUUACCAGGAGCAAUCAGUAUCAGUCAACAGUCUGAUAAUUUAUCUGGAACAAUGAUUCCCGGUGUACAAACAAAUGUUUCGCCAUUUGGAAAUUUAGAAAGUGGAAAUGUCUCGUUACAAAAUACAAAUUUAAUGGGAAAUAAUAUGUUUAAUUCCCUGCCACCGCAAGGUAUUCAAUCCUGGAAUAAUGGCAAUAAUAAUACAGCUUCCAAUACUGAUCUUUUGUCGGAUCUUGGUGGUUUCAAUACUCCCGGAAUGAUGUCGCCAGCGAGUCAAACAAACAACGCAAAUAAUGCGAAUCUAUUGAAUUCUAUGAGUCCCUUAAUAUCAAAUUCGACAGUUUCAAGGCGAGAAGAUAGACAAUUAAGGAAAAGGGACAUUAAUUAUUCUGCCGAUCUUCUAUUGGAAUUUCUACAAUCAAUGGAAUUUAUAAAAUCACACGAAAAUCUGGAAAAAUUGAAAGCACUUAUCGAUGAAUUCUGUAGAUAUUUACCCGGUUCUCUAACACCACAAAAAUAUCUCAAUUUAGACGAAACGAUUGAAAUCGAUUCUAUUCUUUAUGGAAAAGUGUUAGAAAAACUUGUCGAAAAAUUCAAUCAUAAUUGGCCAUUAACGAACAACAUUUUGGAUUCAUCAAUUGAGAAUAUUUUCAUAAUCGACGGAUCAACAGAUGUAUUAUUUUACGAAUCUAUUUUCAAUCUAAUGAAUGCUCUAAAAGAAACGGAUAAUGAAUGGAAAAUUUUGACUUUAUCACGAAUUUUGGAAAGUUUACUAAAAAGUGACGCUCUAUUGUCGGCAAUUGUAUAUUCUUCGAAAUCAAGUGACGAAUUACAAGAAGAGACUUGGAAAAAUAUUGUUCAACUUUUAGUUUCAUUGCCAAAUCGAGUGGCGAAUAAGGCACAGAAAAAGAUGCUCGAUUCUCUUACACCGAAAUUAUACGCGAAAAUUGUUAUUUUUCAUUUAAGUCGAGCAAUUUUAUUUUUAAACGAUGGACUCUUUUAUGACGCGAAGAAACCAAAUGUGAAAAUUAUUGCCGAACUGUUAGGUAAAAUGUUUCUUGUAAUGGAAUCAAAUGAUCUUUAUUCAUUUAUUGAUAUUUUGUCAGUUUGCGCACUCGAGAAUAGAAAUAAUAUAAAAAGUUUCAUUGAAACAAUAUUCGUUCAAGUCGAUCGACGAAGUGUUGAAUCAAUCGUACUGUUAGUUCUAAAAAAUUGCAAAUCGAAUCAAACGGUAAAAAAUAUUUUCUCUAAUUUGGCGAACAACCCAAUGUGGAAGUACAUUUUCACGACUAAGGUGCCUUUAAUGUCCUGGCAUAGUGAUGAGAAUUUAAUGCGAAAUCUAAUUUCUUAUUUAAACAAUUUUACCACUAUUUUAGUGGAACUUUUGUUAAAACUACUAAACGUUUGGGGCGAUAGAAGUGCUAUUAGUCAUACACCAUUUGAACAACAUUUGUACAUUACAAAACUAAUAAUUCUAUCGGUAAGGAGCCUAAAAGAUCGUCUAUCUCCAACAGAAAAGGAGGCUGUAAAAAAAUUACUCUACUCUGCAAUUGUCCCACAUUUCGAGUCGACACAAAUUUUAAUAACCACAAUUGGUAUGAUCACAGGAGAAAUUAUUGGCGAAAUAGUUAAUGAAAAGGAUUCACCGAAAUUGGAAUUCGAAUACGAUUCACUGAAUCAAGAGGCAAAAUCAUUGGUUCAAGAGAUUAGAAAUCUAAAAGUUUGCCCUCAAGUCGAAGAAAAAUUACCAACGGAAAAUAAUUUGCAUCUUGAUAAUAUUGAAUUUACAUUUUUGGGUGCGAGAAAAAUUUACGAUCUUGCAAUUGAGUGUAAAAUUAUAACAUCUGCCACUGAUCUCUCUCUGAACAAAACUCAAAAUGAAGAAAUUCCAAAAAGGAUGGUUAAAAUUAAUAAAAUUGAUGAAAAUAUUAAUAAGAAGGAGGAUGAGGAAAUUGACAGUGAUGAUGAUUUAGUGCCAUACGAUAUGUCUAAUGAUCCACUAGAUUGUGAAAAAUUCAAACCAGUUUAUUUACGUGACAUGCGCGAUAAUUUGACAUCAACUGAAUCGAACCAAAAUCCAGAUAUAUUUUCCGAAAGUGUAAAAAUUGCGGAGGAAUUAAUUUUAACUCAACUUCCAAAUGAUGACAUAUCAUUUGGUUUAGAACUUUUGGAAAUAUUCGUUACUCUCGGAGAAAAUUAUCAUGUUGAUGAUUUUGAAUCACUGAAAUUUCGUGCUUGCGUUGCAAUUGUUACUGUUUUCCCGAAAGAAUCCGCCGAAUAUUUAUGUCGCGAAUUUUACACAAAAGCCGAAUGUCAUUCAAUAAAUCAACGAAUUAAUUUCUUGGAAAUUCUCGCCGAUUCAGUGAGAAAAUUAUCAAACUACAAAAUAAUGGAAGUCAAAAAAGAAAAUAAGGAACCAAAAAAACCACGUCCAUCAAAACCAAUUUCUCUAUUUAUAGAAACAACGGGAGGAAAAAAGCACGAGACACUAUUCGACGAUGAUUUCGAGGUACCAAGAAAUAGGGAUAAUGUGAAUUGGGAAGAAAUUGUUCAAAAGAGAAUUGACGGGAAAACGAAACGUUUCGCGCAUAGUGCAAAAAAAUCACAGACUGUGAUGAAUAAAUUUGCUAAUGUCGCAACGUAUUUUUUCUAUCCUCUUCUGUAUGGUUUUGGACGACAGGCAAAUUAUGUCUACAAUCUUCAAGUUAAGUCGGACAGUGAUAAUAUUUUGUUAGUUAGUUUUCUAAAAACAUUAGCGACAAUUAUGAUAGAGGCUAAAAAUUGUCCUUCCUGCGUAAAAAUGGCGAGGGAAAUUAUUGAUUUAGUUUGGACAUUAAGAUAUCAUAAUGAGGCAAAAGUUCGUUUUUGUGCGAUUGAAAAUAUUGCCGCUGUUCUCACUGUUGUUAGUGAGGAAUCAUUGAUUAAUGAAUUAUUAGAACCUCUAAUGGAAAUACGUUUAUGGCUUAUCGAUAGUACCCAAAAAGUUGUUGGCGGUGAACCGGAUACAAAUUGUAAAAAAUUUGGUUCACAAAUUCUUGCUUUAAUUAAUUCGAUUCUUGGCUCUCUCAGUUAGAUUAAUUUCAAAAAUUAAUAUCUUCUGACUGUUAUUUUAAUUUACUUUUAUAAUUAAGGAUCUAAAAUUAUUUUUUUAUACUAUCAA